AUGGACAAUAAAAAAGUCCAUCCGAGAAAAUACAUCCUUGACAAGAUUGAACUCAAGGAUAACGAAGAACUGCAAAAAGAAAGAAAUGAAAUAAGGUCCGCUUUUGGUGUUGACAGUAUAGUCGAAGAAAAAUCCGACGAAAGAUCAACUAGUGUCUUAACACACAGAAAGAGUUGGGUCGCAGCUGGCCACAAAACUACCGCAAAUACAAAAGAGGUCUUUCUCAGACGACUGGUGAUCGCCUUGAUAACACUGGUGUUCUUGCUAGUAGUUACAAAUGUUGCCUUGGUGGUAAUUUUUGUGAAAACCAAAUGUAAGGAAUCGGAGGAAACAGGAACCGUUAGCCACCGAGGUAAAUAACUUUAAAUUUCUUGAAAGUCAUCGGCCUGGUCGAGUAGUUCUUUUUGCGCAUAAGCAAUUUCCAAGGAUUAAUGCUAUGGUGAUUUGUACAUUGCUUAAUAUUUAAAGUGGUUGCUGUGUUUUGGAUAUUCAUUUUUAAGUGAGGCUAGUGUCCGUUAAUACUAGCCCAGUUUCAACUUGAAGGCGCCCCGGGGUAGGCGCAUUCUCGUCCCAGUGAAAACGGUUCUAACCGAUGUUCUACUUGUGAACAAUCCAGUCCAGAGUCAAUAAGUUUCAUUAACUCAAAAGUAACUGACAUCUUUUUUCUAGUCGGGCAAGAUGGUUAAAAAGGCAUAAACUUGUGCGCGUUGUACAACUGUAUAGGUGAACUACUCUAGACAGUCUCAAAAGUUACACAUUGUCAAUCAAAAAGAGUUAUCAAAUGUUUAUAGAAUAUGUUACAAUGUAUUCAUGAAACCUAAGCAAGGAGAAUACUUAAGAGCACGGGGAUAUUAGUUCUCUACUGACUUUUAUUUUUAAAAAAACACCUUUCUUCGAUCACCGAAUAUUCAUGGGCAAUGUAUGUUUGCGAUCGUUCUCGGGUUUUGAUCAGUCCUUUAGGGUAGUGACCAAUAAUUGGUCUCAGUGGUCGCUCGGUUCAAUAUGAAAGCCCCAUAGCUUUCAUGGUGCUUUGAUAGCUUGAUGCUCUCCUGGAAGUACCUCUUAUUAAGACUGAUGCUUAUCUGUCCUCAGCUUCGCUCGAAAAGCUUCAAGAAAGUGUUACAAAUGAGGCAUUGGCCAGGCUAAACGCCCUGGAAGUAAAUAUGACCAGCCUACAGCAGAAAUUUGUAAGUUAA